CACACCUAAAUUUUGGCGUUAAAAAAACUCGUUGAUGCAAAAAGAAGGUUCUGCUCUAUUAAGUCCGGUAAAAAAUGCGCACGCUUAGAUUUAAAAUAUGAGAUUAAUCAACCGCGUUGAUUUAAUUGACAUCGAUCAUGGAGUAAAUUUUAGAAAGAACUCUUUGAUACAUUUUUGGUAUCAUCUCUAGCUCGCGGUCAUUAAUUGAUAGCAUAAUCCCAUCUGAAAUGGAUAAAUAAACUUCGUUCACGAACAGUCUCGAUAACUCAAUUCAAAUCUUUGAUGCUUAACCUUUAUUAUAAAUCUUUCUUCAGACACUUCUGAGGCAAUGCUCGUCAACCUAAUUUGACCUUGUAACUAAUCAGAAGGUUCGCCCAAACGGCUGAAAGAGCAAAAGCAAGAGAGCAAAUCUGAGAAAAUGGAUGCUUCCGGGUCCUCAGCUGUGACUAAAAAGAGAGGCAACUGGCACCACCAACUGGACUUCGUCUUGUCUCUCAUUGGCUACUGUGUGGGGCUGGGAAAUCUGUGGCGCUUCCCUUACAAGUGCUACAAAAAUGGGGGCGGUGCCUUCCUCAUUCCCUACUUUUCCUGCCUCUUCCUCGCUGGCAUCCCACUGUACUAUGUGGAACUGGCUCUCGGUCAGUUCACCAGUCGGGGCCCGCUGGGUUCAUUCGAGAUGGCGCCCAUUUUCAACGGAAUCGGAUACGGAAUGGUCAUCAUCUGUGCUUUGGUUUGUGUAUACUACAACGUAAUCAUAGGCUGGAUCAUAUACUACCUUUACAACUCAUUCAGCCGGGAAUUGCCUUGGGCCUCGUGUAACAAUCCCUGGAACACCAAAAACUGUUCCAAUAUUAAGUUCGACUGUCAUGAAAAAGGAGGCGUUAUGAUCGGCUAUGAUUGUGAGAUGAAUAUGACGUCGCAACCGUUGACUAGCCAAUCAGAAGCCGUGAAAGUCAAAUGGGUUCCGGCAAGCGAAGAAUUUUGGAAGAACCACGUGUUGAACCAGACCGGUGACAUCUCAGAGUUUGUUGGCUUCCAGUGGCAUCUUUUAGGCUGCACGGGACUAGCUUGGAUCCUGGUCAACUUUUGCAUGUUGCGAGGAAUCCGAAGCACCGGAAAAGUAGUCUGGGUCACGUCAACUCUUCCAUACUUGCUCCUGUUGAUCCUUCUGAUUCAAACCGUUCAACUCGAAGGCGCAAUGGAAGGUAUCCGGUACUACUUGACUCCUCAGUGGGACCGACUUCUGGACCCUAUGGUCUGGGGAGAUGCGGCACAGCAGAUUUUCUACUCUCUCGGUCUGGCGUUCGGAAGUUUAAUGACCAUGGCGAGCUACAACAGAUUUCGAAACAACAUCGCCAGGGACGCUCUAAUCGUUUCGAGUGUCAAUUGCUUCACGAGUGUUCUUGGAGGCUUCGUCAUCUUCUCGGUCAUUGGAUUCAUGUCGGCUGAAACUGGACAACCCGUGUCUGAAGUUGCAAGCGAGGGAGCUGGAUUGGCGUUUGUUGUCUACCCAGAGGCCGUGGUUCGACUCCCGGGAUCUUCGAUUUGGGCUGUGGUGUUUUUCUUGAUGCUUCUUUCUCUCGGGUUGGAUAGCCAGUUCUCGAUGUUGGAGACAGUUACGACAGCCAUCUUUGACAAAUUCCCCCACACUCGCAACUACAAGCCAGCAGUGGUGGCCAUCCUCAGUCUAGGCAUGUUCGUCAUCUCCCUGCCCAUGGUCACUCAGAGUGGCAUCUACUGGCUCACAAUUUUCGACAACUACAGUGCCGGAUUUUCUCUCAUGUUUCUUUCGUUGUUCGAGACCAUCUGUGUUGUCUACACUUACGGAGUGAAGCGAUUCUCGUGUGACAUUGAAAUGAUGAUCGGAUCCAAACCGGGAAUCAUUGUGAAGCUCCUCUGGGGAAUCGUGACACCAGUUCUCAUGCUGGCCAUAUUCUUGUUUAAUAUGUACAACUAUGCGCCUGCCUCAUUUGAGGGAAAACCCUUCCCCGUUUGGGCUGACUUGAUGGGUUGGGGAUUGUCCAUGAUGUCCAUACUUAUGGUCCCAAUUAUGGCCAUAGUUGAGGUGUCACAGGCUGAAGGGGACUCUAUUUUUCAGAGAGUGAAGAAAUGUCUUCAACCUUCGGCUAAAUGGGGCCCCUCUGAGCCAGCAGACCGCAUGGACUACCAGCGGAAACUGAAUGCACAGAACAACAACACUAGCAAUGCGAACUCAUCUUCCUCCGCUAGCCGACAGGGUCAAGUGCCGACAAAAAAGGAAGCCGAAGACGCAAUUGCCAACCAAAUAUCUGCCGUAUAAAUGCAAUAACACAAGUGGGCGAUAGAUUUAAAUAGUAGUCCAUUUCUAAGAAGCGUCUAUAUUUUUUUUUCGAAUCAAGGCAGAAAUUGAAACUUUGAAUAAAGGCAAGCUUUGUAUUUGGUAUAGUCAGUUAGAACCUCACAAGUUAUUGAGGAUCAAUGUGCGUUUCCAGAAGUGGUAGAAAAUUUGCAAUGGGCGAACUAGGAAAAUCAGUCGCUCCUUACGUGCUAUAGAUCACAUAACUGAAGUAAUCAAGUUUAUGAACUUGAAAUGUCUGAAAUAAUAAACGCAAAUAAUUUGUGAAUAUUUAUUUUUAUGAUUGCCAUAUAUUUUGGUUUAUAUUCAGUUUGUUGCAAAAGCACUACAUUGUAUUUAUUUCAAAACGAAAAAAAUAUUAAUUUGUAAUUAAUGACCGAA